CGGACCGAGACCUGCCGACACCACGACCCAGACCGGGACCGACACCAGGACCCAGACCAGAAAGCGGAGCGGAUCAAAGAUGGACGGCGGCCGUCUGUCCCGGCUGUAGGUCGUGAUGGACGUGGGGUUUCCUGGACGUGGAGGAGUCAGAUCCAGACUCCAUGUUGGUCGUCAUGGCGUCGCUGGAUGGGAACACAACGGUUGAGACGCUUCUAGUAGCGAUCCACCUGGAGAGGUACCUGGACACCUUCCAUCGAGCCGGUCUUCUGCUGGCUCGGGACUUCACACACCUGGACCACGAUGCCUUUGUCAGUCUUGGUAUAACCGCCACAGGACACAGGAAGAGAAUCCUGCGAUUGCUCAAUCACGUUCAGAGGAUGGAAAGUCAGAGAGCCAAUCGGAACGCUCAUCUGCCACGGGACCGCUGCCAGUCUGUAACCGACGUCUCCUCCCCGGAGCGAGGGCCCGGUGCUGCUUCGCUCCGUCAGCCGCCAGGACCCGGGAACUUUGAGGCCUUCAGGAACAGCUCGGCUCCGAACCUCCGCGCCAUGCUGACCAGCUCUGAGGCCGGCAGGCCGGCGGCGAAGCCGGUUCCCAAACCCAGAACUGUCUUCAACCGCCGUCGGACGGCGCCCAUCCACUUCUGUCCAGCACCGGACUCUGCCCCGUCCCCAUCCAGGAGGCUUUCCCAGGAGUCCAUCUGUUUUUCUGUGCUAGACGAUUUGACCUCAGGGGACACGCCCACAUCUGAUGACAGGUUGACCUCUGUGCUCGGCAGCAGGUCCACCAGCCAGAGGCCGAGUCGGAGCUCGUCUCUAUCGGACGCCGGACGGUCGCUACCUCCAGUUCCUCCGAGACUGAACCGUGGGAUCCCCUCCGCCAUGUUCCAGGGGUCCCUAUCCUGCUCUUCCUCUUCUUCACCGAUACGGACAGACCAGGGCCAGACGCCUCCGGUAACUUCCUGUCCCAGUAGUCUUGAAAACAGCAGGCUCUCUGGAUCCCCUGGUUCCCCCAGAGGUGAUGAGAUGGAGAUGGUCUCCAACGACAUCUACUGGGGGACUUCACCUGGUUCUACUGCCUCCAGUGGAGGGAGGAGUUACUGGAGCCAGCAGUCAGCUCCUCCGACUCCACCCAGACGAACACCUGACGGGAACCCUGAAAGGAACCGUGGCAGCACUUUGAGUAAAACCUCUUCAGGAUCCGCCAGAGCUGCACCAGACGACCCCGAGGAGGAGAUCAGCCCCUACUGUGAAACCCUUUUCAUAAGCAGAAGGAACCCACAUCCCUGUGAGAAUGAAAGCAGCCGUGUGGAGGACCGACAUGCAGAGGAUCCUGGGAUGCAGAAGUUGUCCUGGUCUCAGGCGCUCCACUCCGGAGACGCCCAGGGCUACAGCACCGUCGGGGAGCCUCCGCCCGCCGGCCGCUACCUCUCACUGCCCCCCCACACCUUCAGCUCAGAGGCCGACGAGGACCUGCUCAUCUCCCCCUACGCCAGCUACACCUCCCUGACGGAGAGAGCACCACCCGUCAUCAGCAGCUGGCUGGACAAGCUGUCUCCACAGGGGAACUAUGUGUUCCAGAAGCGCUUCGUGAAGUUCGAUGGGAGGAACCUGAUGUACUUCGGCAGUGAGAAGGACGUCUACGCUAGAGGAGUGAUCCCAUUGGCUGCCAUCCAGAUGGCCCGCCCCGCCAAAGACAACAAGUUUGAAGUCGUGACGAGUCACAGGAUCUUUAUCUUCAGAACGGAUAACGAAGUGCUCAGGCUGCGGUGGGUCGGCACGCUGCAGGAUCACAUCAGAGACCAGCUGGCCUUCGGUCGGCGGCGCUUCGGUCCCGGAUCUCACUGCCAGAGACACGGAGUCCUGGAGCUGAAGGGGACCAAGUCCAGAGUCUACGCCGCCAUCCACACGGACCAGGUCUGGGUCUACAAGAGCGAGCAGUGCUUCCGGAGCGGCGUCGGCAUCACGGUGAUCGAAGCCCGAGGGUCCACCAUCAGAGACGGGAAACACAAGAGCUUUGAGCUCAUCACGCCCCACAGGAGCUUCAGGUACCCUCAGGGACCCUCAGACCUGCUAGUCUCUGCUAGUCUCUGCUAG